AUGCCGUAUCCCAAGAAUGUUGGCAUAAAGGCCAUGGAAAUCUAUGUCCCGGCACAGUGCCUGGAUCAAUCUCUCUUCGAGAAGCAUCAGGGCGUCUCAGCCGGCAAAUAUACGAUUGGACUGGGCCUCCAGUAUAUGAAUUUCUGUACCGAUAGAGAAGAUGUCUGUUCUCUAGCUCUGACGGCCGUGUCUUCGCUGCUCCGCAAGUUCAAUAUCGAUGCCAACUCCAUUGGACGUCUGGAGGUGGGCACCGAGUCCCUCUUCGACAAGGCCAAAUCUGUCAAAUCAGUUCUCACAACGCUGUUCGAGCCAUCUGGCAACACGAGUCUAGAAGGUGUUGAUACAGUCCACGCCUGCUAUGGCGGCACCAAUGCUUUGUUCAACGCUGUCAAUUGGGUCGAGUCUCGUUCAUGGGACGGCCGAGAUGCCAUCGUCGUUACAUCGGACAUAGCCCUUUAUAAGGAGGCUUCCUCGCGUCCAACUGGUGGCGCCGGUUGCGUUGCUAUGCUUGUUGGUCCAGAUGCCCUACUUUCCCUCGAACCCAACCUACGGGGUGUCUAUAUGACCCACACAUACGAUUUCUACAAACCCGACCUUAAAGUUGAGUUCCCCAUCGUCAAUGGCCACGAAUCCAUUGUCUGCUACCUUAGUGCCCUAGACGGGUGCUACAAAGAUCUCCUCCGUCGUGCGGACGCCAGUAGGAGCAAGCUCGAUGGUGACGGAUCCGAGAGCAGCGCGCCGAAGAAUGUCCUUGACCUCUUUGACUACAUGGCCUUUCAUACUCCGAACUGCAAACUGGUCAGCAAGUCGUACGGUCGACUGAAGUACAAUGACUGUCUGAGAUCGGCCGAUGAUGCUGACUGGGAGGGGAUCCCUGAUGAUCUCCGCAAGCUAGGAUACGAAGAAUCCUUGAAAGACAAAGCACUGGAGAGAGCCCUCGUGGCUGUGACUAAGGAUUUGUUCAAGCAGCGAGUCGAGCCGUGUAUCGCCGCGCCCUCCUUGUGCGGCAACAUGUACACCGCCAGUCUCUACAUGUCCCUCGUCAGCUUGAUCAGCAACAUUGAUCUUGCUGAUGCAGAAGGUAAAACCAUCGGCAUGUUCAGUUAUGGAAGUGGUGCUGCCAGCACUCUCUUCGGCCUGAGAGUUACUGGUGAUAUGACGAAGCUGGUCCAAGAAAUCGAUCUAAUGGAUCGUCUGAAGCAGCGAUACAUCUCAACCCCUGAGGAGUAUGAAAAGGCCUGCACUCUCCGGAUGAAAGCCUAUGGAAGCAAGAGCUACAAGCCCGAGGGCGAUAUAGCUUCCCUGGCGCCUGGGACAUACUACCUGGAGAACAUCGAUGAAGUUUAUCGGAGGGCUUAUGCCAUAAAGGAUGCGUGA